UAAUGUUAGUCUAUGGCAUGUAAUGGUCUGUGUUUGUGCUCGUCUGUGGUUGGAGGGUGAUCGGAGUAAUUUUUUUUAUAAGUUUUCGGGGUAGAACAAUUAUUUAAGAAAAUGUCGAAGUUGGUCGCCCAAAUUCCAAGUUUGGCAAACAGACUGGCUGCCGAGGCUCGACCCAGAUUGAAUACUUUUGUAAAAUAUGCAAAAGUGGAAUUGUCACCUCCAACUCCGGCUGAUAUUCCUCAAAUUCGCGCUGGCAUUAGUAAACUUAUCAGUGGUGCACGAGCUGGAAACUGGAAAAAUGUUACUGUCAGGGAAGCUUGGUUGAAUACUUUAAUUACUGUUGAGGUCCUUUGCUGGUUUUAUGUAGGCGAGUGCAUUGGAAAACGGCACAUUGUAGGUUAUGAUGUUUAAAGUGUAUUUGUUUAGUUUAAGAAGUAUAUAGAAGUCAUCUGUACCUUGUUCUAGUAUCGGCGCACUCUUUUAUAAUAGUGCUGAAUAAAACUGUCAAAAAAA